AUGGCCGGCAUGGUCACCCCCGCCGUUCUCAAGACUCUUUACAACAUCACCGACACCGUGUCCAACUCCACUGGCGCCUCGCAAGCUUGCGCCGAGUUCCAGCAACAAGACUACAGCCCCGAAGAUCUGGAGGCCUUCCAAAACUAUUUUGGUCUGCCCAUCCAGAAGGUGCGCAACGUCAGCAGCGACGGCGCUGGCAUCGCUCAUGACGAGGCCAACCUUGACAUCCAGUACCUGAUGGGUGUUGCACCGGGCAUGCCCAGUGACUUUUGGAUUCAGGCGGGUGAGACCUUUGACGUGCUGGCGUGGGCCACCUACGUUCUCAACACCCAAGGCACCGCCCAGGUCUGGUCCGUCAGCUACGGCGAGGACAUUGAAACCGCCGUCCGUACCUUCGAUGCCACUUACCCUCGACGCUUCAACACGGAGCUUCAAAAGCUGGCCACGCUCGGUCAUACCAUCCUCUUUGCCAGCGGUGACUCUGGUGUUUACUCCCGUAACGGUUUUGGUGCCGACUUCCGCCCCGACUUCCCCGCUUCCCUGCCUGCCGUCACUGGUGUCGGCGCCACGCAGCUUGAGGGCGAUGGCACGGAGAAGCAGGGCACUUCGUUCUCGGGUGGCGGUUUCUGCCUGAGCCAGUACUUCAACCGCUCGGCUGACUGCCCCUACCAGCAGGAGGCUGUUGCCUCUUUCUUUUCCGACUCCACCAACCUGCCUCCAAGCAACCUCUAUGAUGCCAACGGCUGCGGCUACCCUGACGUGUCAGCUCAAGGUGUCAACUUUGAGGUGUACGUUGACAAGAUUCGCCAGCCCGUCUCGGGCACCUCGGCCUCCUGCCCGACGGUGGCAGCCAUUGUUGCUCUUUUGAAUGACCAGCGUCUGCAGGCCGGCAAGCCCCCCUUGGGCAACAUUAACCAGCUUAUCUACCAGAACCCCGGUGCGUUUAACGACAUUACCGAGGGCUUCAACCACGGUAGCGGCUUCCACGGCUUCCAUGCCAUUGCCGGCUGGGAUCCCGUGACCGGCAUGGGUACCCCCAACUACCCAGCCUGGAAGAAGGCCGUGCUUGCCUAA